AUGACUGUACUCCCAACUUUCGAUAUCUUCGACGAUAGUCAACCAGCCAGAACACAGCCAAUGGACAUGAAUCGAACGUCUGAUGCUGUAGACGACUCUCGGCCGACAUCCGCCAAGAUUCUCGAUAUCAUCUAUGAUUACCGGCUCACCAAAGCGGCUGAUGCAGACGACAGAUGGAUCGAGGGCACACCGAAAUUUCUCAGCAUGAUUGAACACUUUGUGCAGAUGGAACAGCCAGUUCAGAUGUGCAUGCCAGCUUUCCCCUUCAAGUCCGCCAACAAAGUAUACAAAGUUCUGGGAACCUUGCCUGAUGCAGCAGAAGAAGAGGCCCUGGAGUACAUGAAUUUAAUGUGCGCUCGCAUCGGCGACAUCUAUAGUCCAGGCGCCAAGCUUCUCAUCAUUUCAGAUGGUCUUGUCUACAAUGUGUGCCACUCUCUCCCAGACCUCCUUACCAUUUCAGACCGCGACACGUGGGCCUACGGGCAGGAACUCCGAGCCAUUGGCGAAAACAAGUUCCCGCACAUCAGCUUUUCGCGCCUUCGCCAGCUCGUCGACAUCGAUCUCCCCGAAAGACUGGACGAGGUCACUUACGUGGCCAACGCCACGAACUUCCGCCACGCAUUGCUUAGCCAACACGGCAAAGACGAACUAGACGUCAACAAGCUGAUCGAACAGAAUGAAGAUACGCGUUUGACUUACUGCGGACAUUCCCGCUUCCUCUUCAACGACCUGCGCUAUAUCUUUCCCAAAAGCGAGCUGCGCGGCAGCAACCAGUACAAGCGAGAUGUCAAGUUCAUUGCACGCGAGAUGAUCAGGCGCGGAUAUGCCUUCGCUGCAGCAAUCAAGCACGCCUUCCCCGACCACCUCCGCCUCUCGAUCCACCAAUCAACCGGCGAGCACAAGAUCUCCGUCUCCCUGCUCCCUACCUCGACAUCCUACACAACACCGUGGAUGUGUGCGGUUGCGUACAAUGCCGACGGUAGCCUCACCAGCGCGCCCAAGGGCGAUCUGGAGCAGGAUCCCAGAUAUGAGGCGGUCUGGAAUGAUAUGCGAGCCAGCCACUUUGUGGAGAGGACAGAGUCGACGGAGACUGAGGGGAAGGUGGAGAAAGGUGUGUUGGAAGAGAAGUCGGGGAAUGAGCUCCGCGAGGGGGAGAAGGAUGGGGACAAGGGGAUGAGUGGUGGGAAAGCGGUAGGCGGGCUUGAGAAGAAGCUGCCGGCGGGGCCGUGCCCGCAUUGUGGCAAGGCGUCGCAUGUGGAGGCGAGGUGUUUUGAUAAGUAUCCGCAUUUGGCGCCGAAGUGGGUGCAGAAGCGGAUGGCGACGACGGAAGCGGCGACGACGGAGGAGGAUAAGGAACAAAAGGUGAUCAUUGAAGUUGAGUGA